AUGAGUACAACCCAGGGCAGUGAGAGUAUAAACGUUUUUUUUGACAGUUAUGUUCAUUCGAAGACAAACUUGAAGGAGUUUGUCGACCAGUUUGACAGUGCGCUGAGGAAGAAAAUUGACAAUGAAAAUCAUGCGGAAUUCCAAUCAUUUAGCCAGGUCAUUUCCUGCGUAUCUAGAUCUCCAAUUGAAAAGAAAUUCCAAGAGUUAUACACUAACACUAAAUUUAGGAAAGUUCAGCAGCAAGUAAUUGGUGUGCAAGAUUUGGAUCCAUCUCUACUUACAUCGAAUGGUGUAAUGAAGAGUUAUUUGGUAGAAGAUGAAUUUUGUAUUGAGGAGUUCACAAAACUGGUGACAUAUUCAGUGGACUUUAAUGAGAAAGACUGCAAUGCUAAGUGUUCAUGUGGGUUAUUUCAGAUGAGAGGGAUACUGUGUAGGCAUAUUUUGGCCGUAUUCAAGUCUAACGAUAUAAAAUUAUUGCCAGACCGGUACAUUCUAGACUAA